GUCACGUGUAGACAACAGUUUCCUGGAGGAUCGGAGGUGUGAGCUGAGAACGCAUCCAAAAGCUAUUGAUUGUGGCAUCUAGGGCUGUGUGAUGUGAUCUAUUCUUUCAGCUCGCCACUCCACCCUUGGGACCCACGGACUUGAUUCUUAUUCCAUGAUCGUCUUGCGGUCCUUUCAGUUGAGCAUCUUUCGAAGUCUCUUUGUACAUAUCCCGCGACGCGGGCUUCAAGGCCAAUGGCUGCCAACGAAGAAACCCCCUUGCUGCAUGCCCACGAGGCCGAGCACAAAACUAAGUCCGAUCGCGUACGCGCAAAAUUCGCGUUGUAUGGUUCAUUUCUGGGCAUUUUACUCGCAGCUGCAGACGAUUCUCUCGUUAUCACCACAUGGAGCGUGAUCGCAUCGGAUUUUCACCGUUUGUCGCAGGGAUCAUGGCUACUGGCCGCGUAUAACUUUGGGUGGUGUGUGUCAUUACCGGUGUAUGGUACGCUAUGUGAGCUACAUGGACCGAAGAAUAUCCUUCUCACUGCGUAUACGAUUUUUGCCGCCGGAUGUCUCGCUUGCGGACUUAGCACGUCCCUGGUCCAGCUGGUGUUGGCCCGAGUGCUCGCCGGAAUGGGUGCAGGGGGAAUGGUCUCCUUAGUGUCUAUUAUUCUCACUGAUAUGGUCACCCCCGACGAGGUAGCCGUUCUCCGAGGCUAUGCUAAUGUAUCUAAUGUCGUGGGUCGGAGUUUAGGUGCUCCACUAGGAGGCUAUCUCAUCGGCGCAGUUGGAUGGAGGUGGUCUUUUCUCGGUCAAAUUCCGGUGGUAGCCAUCUGCCUACUGAUUGGGCUGUACGGUCUUCCUUCGUCAUUCAAUUCGGCCAAGUCCGGAGACGUUACAGAUGAGGGAGCUGCUCGUCGGUCUGGCAUUACGCGGUUUGACUUUAGUGGCCUUGUCAGCUUUGCUAUCGCCAUCAUUCUUUUACUGUUCCUGGUGCAGGAUUUGAGUGCCGCACCGGAUUAUCUCCUAGCACCACCAAGUAUACUCGUCCCGGCUUUUUCCGCGGCAGUGAUCUUGUUCGUCGCGAUCGAAGCGUACUGGGCUCACAACCCAUUGAUCCCAUUGCACCUAGUCAAAACUUCGCUGGGAGGGUUUUGCCUCAACCAGGCUCUGAUGAUGUCGAGCCGUGUAGGGCUGCUGAGCAACUUGACCCCGUACAUGAUUCGGGUCAAGAAUGCAACAGAUGCAUUCGCCUCGACGGCCUACGUCUUAUCUGCGGUUGGCGUAUCAUUCGGAGCGUUGAUCGCAGGAAAGGUUAUUAAAAGGAGUAAACGAUAUCGAACAAUGACUGUAAUCGCUGUGGGUGGCGCUAUAGUGACCUAUCUGCUGAUUUUUAUCCGUUGGCGAACGGGCUGCUACCUUUGGGAACUAGUCUACCUGUUCCCCAAUGGUAUGGCGAUCGGCAUCCUGUUUACGACGCAAUUCAUUGGUAUGUCCUUGGAUGUACCGAAAGAACACCUUUCCACGUGUAUUACCACGUAUUAUCUCUUUCAGCAGCUGGGCAACGUUGUCGGCCCCUCGGCGAAUGUCGCCAUUGUACAACGAGUGUUUUUGGGGCAGUUGAAGAAGAAUUUAAACGGAUGGGAUGAGCAAAAGUUUAUCGGGCAAAUCAUCAAUGAGAACAGGUUUGCCCAGCGCCUGUCCCUUCCGGUCCGGCAGAUUGUUCGAUGGAGCUACCUGAACGCAUUCCAAUGGGUGCCAUUGAUCUCAGCCGCGUGCGCUCUACUCAUGCUCCCUACUGUUCUAUGGGUGAAAGAACAGAAAAUCGAAUAAUCCCGCUACUGCCUAUACCAGGUUUACCUAUGUACCUAAUACUAAAUAUAUGAAGAUGAAAUAUAAAACACGGAAUAAGAAAUAUAUAGGGCAAACAGUUCCCAAAUCGACCGGGGAGCUAGAUACCAUGCGCUAUGAUGAAUAGACACGAAAACCGACUUAGACGGGUUUGGAUGCGACAACGCUAAAGACAAAAAAGAUCGUACACAUCAUAGUCCUCGAGUCUAU